CGUGGCGGUGCUCGAGGCAGCCCCGCGGUUCCCGCUGGCGUACACUCGAGACUCCCCUGGAAAAUGCUGGUUCUUACGUUUCAUUUGUGGGUUUUUUAUUACAGAAAAAUCCCAGAGUAGCUGUGCCGUUGCAGAGAGCUCCGAACCUCCCAGAGCGGGGUCACACUACGGAUUGCUAUGAAAAACCUCUGCGCACCCAACAGCACGGGCAUUGCCGUGCAUCCCUGAAAGGGUCUUAAGGCACCUGGUUGAGAAUCACUGGUACAGACCCGAGCCAAGGGCUCAGGGAGAGGAGGCACUGGCCAGCUUGAGCUAGAAAGUGCAUCUGAAUAGACUAGAAUAGGCCAGCCAGGGAGCUCACCCUUGGUGCUGGUUGAACAACAGCACCUGUCCCACAGGCAGUUUCAAGAUUUUGAAAUGUUGUUUCAUCCUAAAAUGCAAAUGAAAGGUUGAAAUCUCAGCAUUGUUCUUAAACUGCGCUGUGUUCCCCAGGGCAAGGUAAGAUCGUUACUGGGGCUGGGGGCUUGAGUAGGGCAGGGGUGCGUGACUGCCUGUUCCACGUUAGAGGUCUUGCCUAUGUUGAGCCCAAACCUUUAUGUAAUUUCCCUUAGAGAAGUCCUAUAAAGUCAGCCCAGACGUUGGAAACGUUGCAUUUUUUUGCCCUUUCCGCACAGAAAAUGCCCCAGUUGGAUUUUUUUUUCACCAGGUUCUAUUCAUGGUCAACCCACAGCCGCUUAUAAGCUCAAAUAGUGGGGAAGAAAAGAGACAGAGGGGCUCUGCUUAUGGUAUCAUCUACAGCAGGGGUUCCUAGCCCCCAGGCUGCAGUGCCAGGCCAUGAAGGGUUGGCUGCUGGUCCGCAGGAGGGCUGGUUGCUGAACCAGAAGUGACCAUGAACUGGCAAACUGGAAGUGACUGGCAUGCUACAGACCAGCAGCCAACCUUUUUUAUACUGAGUAUAAAAAAGGGCUGGCUAGCUGCUCACAGUAUUCCGGUCACUGCUGGUCCACAGCUUGCCGGUCAGUUCCGGUCCACGGUUUACCUGUCCUCAGCCUAAAAAGGUUGGGAAUCCCUGAUCUACAGCAUAUAGCUGCAUUUAGAGCAGCAGGGGCCAACCUUUUUGGCAAGUAUGAUACAAAUUAGCCCUGCACCCUCCCCUCUCUUCUGCCAAUCUGAUGCUCUGCUUCCUACCCAAUAUUCUGCUCUUCACUCUGCUCACUGCCCAAGCUGCCUGUUCUCUCCCUGAGCUGCUGUAUGCCACACGCAACAGCUGCCUGUGCCAUUUUUGGCACUCAUGCCGCAGGUUGGCCAGCCCUCAUUUAGCAAAAGUGCAGAAUUUUCUUCACCGGUCAGGAAUUCAGCAUCAGAGACUGACUGUGCUGAUACAGAACAGACCAGCUAUACUUCAAUCCCACUCAGCAUAUGUGGAUACUGGUGUAAGAUAGAGCAGAGCCAGCUACUGACCGAGGCCUGAGCAUCUAACCACAAACACAGGUAAUUUGUGGGAACAAGGUUUAUGUGUUUGAGAUGCUUAUGAGACUGCUGGUGGCUGCGCUUACGCCCUUUGGCAUUUUGAUCCUCCCAGCCUCUGUGUAAGGCAGGGUCAGGUGAACGUUCCCCCUUCUUAUAGAUGGAGAAACGGAAGCACAGAGGAGCUAAGGGACAGGCUCAAGGCCAGAUGGAGCAUCUAUGGCAGAGUAAGAUACAGGAGCUGGGUUGGCAGUGCUAUAGCCAGUGCCCAAUCUGGCGAGCUCUGGAAAAGGAGUGGACAAGAUGCCUAUAGUUCCUCUCAGAGCAGCUGCAUCUGCAGCUGUCAGUUCGAGGAGGAUCUUAGCGUCUAGCAACAGUCCCUGGUUCUUGGCUGGUGCUUGGCAGAGGAGGCCAGGAGUCCCUAUCCUCGUGGGGAAACCGAGGCACGUGUGAGUGGAGCAGAAGGGCAUUGUGUGGGAGGUGCAAGCCCUCUGUUGGCCAUGGAGUGGUGCAUGCUGGGAUCCAACACCGCUUCCCUCUGCGUGAUGAUUAGUCUAUAAGGUGCAAGUCCCCUCCACCUUUGUGUCUUGGUUUGUUCAUCUCCUGCCCCCCGGCCACACAGCGAGUUCCUCGUGCCCUUAUAGAAGAUGAGACUUGGCCAGGCCCGUCUGGAACCAGGCCAGGAGCCACACAGCAUUGCCCUCAAGAAAGAUGGCCCCUGGCUAGUGCUCCAACAUACGUGAAGCUGUAGCUGGUGCCCACACCAAAGAUGGCCACCACGCCGAUUUUGAUUCAAAAGGAGCUGUUUCUGGUUCCCCUAACAAAAAUGGCUGCCUUCGCUAUUGACUUUCCUUUGCCCACACCCAAGAUAGCCGCCCGUGGCGAUCAGAUUUCCGUGGAGAGCGUUCCUGGUUCCCAUAACAAAGAUGGUUUCCAUGUCCGCUCCUUUAGAAAUUGCCCCUUCCCAAUAUGGCCGCCGCACCGCAUUCACGGAAUUCCACUAGGCCAUUCCUUUCGCCCACAACAAAGAUGUCCCCGCUUUGCUAUUGACUCCAAUGGAAGGAGAAGCUGUCUGCGAUCGGCCACGCCCAGGAUGGCCGCCCACUGUCGACUUCCCCCCCCCCCCAGCAGAGGAGCCGCAUGCCUGGGAGGGGGCAGGGCCGGGGCGGCGCUGUGAUUGGUCGGGGCUCGCAGCCGGCGGGAUGGGAGUGAGCACUUCCUGGCUGCACCCAUGGAGCAUGAACAGUGUCCCAGAGGUGGCUGAGCUAUCUUCCCAGUCGUUCCUGGCAUCUGAGCCCAGAGGAGUCCAUGGGGCCAGAGACUGUGGCAGGAACGGGAAGGAUGGAGCUGGCUCCAGGGCCAUACCGCAAUGGUGCUGAGACGCUGCUGCAUGGCGAGUUUGGGAUCUACCCCUCAAAGGGCACACGCUAUGCUCUGAGCCUGACGUGCACGGAGCUGCACAUCCAGUGCCUAGUGCCCAAGCCCGAGACAGACCAGCGGACAGUGGUAGCGCUGGCUGAUGUGGUGGGCUGUCACACACUCCGGAGCCGGGUGACCACUGACUGUGCUGCCUACUUCACGGUCUAUGCCUACCCACUGAAGAAGAGGAAGGUGGCAAUGGGCUCGGGCCGGGCGCGCCAGCGGACGGCACGCACCUUCCAGGUGGAUGGGGCUGACGACUACAAUAAGAACCAGGCUGUGGCUGAGAAGUGGGCAGUUGCCAUCAAGUGCCUAGUGCUGGGUGUCCCUGUCUCCAGUGAAACGGACAUCAGCCUGAGCCUCCUGCCCAGGCCUCGGCGCUUGCUGCUGCUCCUGAACCCUUUUGGUGGCCGGGGCAAUGCCCUGCAGUGGUGCCAGAGCCACAUCCUGCCUAUGAUCUCAGAGGCUGAUAUCAGCUUCAACCUCAUCCAAACAGAGCGAGUAAACCAUGCCCGGGAGCUGGUGAAAGGCAUCAGCCUGCCAGAGUGGGAUGGAAUCGUCACCCUCUCUGGGGAUGGGCUCCUGUAUGAGGUCAUCAAUGGGCUGAUGGAGCGGCCAGACUGGGAGCAGGCCAUCACCAUGCCAGUGGGCAUCCUGCCCUGCGGCUCAGGGAAUGCCCUGGCUGGAGCCAUCAACUUCAAUGCUGGGCUGGAGCAGGCAAUGGGCCUGGAGCUGCUGCAGAACUGCACAGUGCUGCUGUGUCACGCGGCCGUGGCACCCCUGGACCUGGUGUCAGUGACGAUGGCAUCAGGCACCCGCUGCUUCUCCUUCCUCAGUGUGGCCUGGGGCUUUGUCUCAGAUGUAGACAUCGAGAGUGAGAAAUACCGGCGCGUGGGCUCGGCCCGCUUCACACUGGGCACCAUGAUACGCCUGGCUUCCCUGCACACCUACCGUGGACGCCUCUCCUACUUGCCUGCGCCUGAUGGCCCAGCCCACCGCCCCAUUUCCCGCAGCAUUACUGUGGCUGCAAAUGGGCGCUUGCCCCUGACGCGCCUGCCUCUGCACCGUGCUGUCUCAGACAUGGGCUUGUGCGAAGAGCGCCAGGCCUUCCGUCACUGUGGAUCUGAGCCCCCUGAUGACCCUUCCCCAUCCCCGGGGUCCCCCCCUCCUAUCUCAGCCUCAGCCCUGCACCCCCAAAGCUUCAUCUUUGAGCCGGCACCUGAGGAGCCGAUAGGUGCCCCAGAAGGCGGGGGCAUGGACACAGGCAUGGGUGGGCCUCCAGAUGACCUGCUGGUGCCCCUGGGGCAGCCAGUGCCCCCAUCAUGGGUGACUGUGGAGGAUGACUUUGUGCUAGUCCUGGCCAUUUACCAGACACACCUGGGUGCUGACCUACUCACAGCACCCUUCGCUUGCCUCAGUGAUGGGCUUAUCCACCUCUGCUUUGUCAAAGCUGGGGUGUCACGUGCCGCUCUUGUCCGCAUUUUCCUGGCCAUGGAGAAGGGCACCCACUUUGAGCAGGCCUGCCCCCACCUCAGCCAUGUACCCGUGCGCGCCUUCCGCCUGGAGCCCCUCACACGCAAGGGCAUCCUCACCGUGGACGGUGAGCGCGUGGAGUAUGGCCCCCUCCAGGCCCAGGUGCACUGCGGCCUUGCCCGUCUCAUCACUGGUGUUGCCCGCCUUGGGGGCUCCUCCUGCUGAGGUGGGGGGCGGGGGGUGGGGCUGGGAUGCACCCAUCCUCCGUUGUCCUUCUGUCAGAGUUUGCUGAGCCACCAGGGCUGCACCCUCUCACCAGGACUUGACUGUCCAGCAGUGGGAGUGGGGGAGGGAGUAGCAAUUGCCCUCCUCCCCUUGGCUGAUCUGGUUGGAAGGAGACAGGGCGCAUGGGGGUCCAUCUUCACCUGUAGCUGCACCUCUAAGGGAGAGCCUCUUGCAGUAGGUACUGACCAUGCACCCUCUCAGGUGUAGCGGGUAGAAGACCAGAAGGGACUAUACUGUAACCCCCUGCCUCUGGCCUCCUGCAGGAGGAGGCAGGGGCAGAUUGGAGGCCUCCUGCUUCUGUCUAAUGCUGCCUAUUUAUUGCUUAGUUCCCAGAGAACCACACACUGGAUGAAUGUAACUAAUGUGCUCCCUGCCCAGUGAGGCAACGCGGGGUGGGGAUGAUGACACUAGGAUAGAUUUGGGAGUUGUAUUGGGGUAGAGUGGGGGCCCCUCCCAUGUGGGGGUGAUGCUGAAAGGCAUUAAGUGUUUGGUCACCAUGCUCAGCCCCUAGGAUGUGCAUCUCCCUGUACUAGCAGUGAGAUGAGGCUGCUGCCUGCUGGGGCAGGUGAAGCUGGGUGAUUGUAGCACCUGCCAUGCCAGUGGCAGCCCUCUGGGGUGGGGCAGCUUUCCCCGUCUUGCCCCUGGCACCUUGACGGGUGUAACCAGUGCAGCUAUAGUUCUCUACAUGGAGCCAGAGGGCUGUGGGGGUAGUGGCUGGUGACUCCCUGUUUGUCAACUUUGGCUGCUUCCCAGUUGUAACCCAUCAGACUACUUGUCUCCCAGAGUGGGGAUGCAACUGAGGCAUGCUGGCUCUCAGUCCCCUUAAAAUAUUGACCCAACAUGUUCUUUCCCUGUUGGUUUUGGGUGUUGGGGCUUGGCCCCAGGCUGUCAUCCCCCCUCCCCCAUGCCACUGUGCACAGCCUCCAAGUUGGGUCAGCUCUUACAGGCAAGGAGCCCUUCCUGGAGUGGGGGCAGGGGAAGCAAAGCAAGGGGGUUGGGGGGCAGGGGCUCAAGGUGGCCACCAAGAGGGGCAGGAGACAGUGUCCCGUACCAUUUGACUUUCCCUUUGCCCUACAGCCUGCAGGCGGGGCUGGGAUUCCUUUGCUUGAAUCCCAAGAGCCUGUUGUCCCCACAGUGGGUGGGGGUGAGGCUGAGGCUCAGCUUGCCCACCCAUCCCUCUGCAGGUGGAACAGGAAACUGAGGCAUGGGAGGAGUGAAGGCAGGUUAGAAUGUAGACCUCUGGUCCCUCUUUCCUUGAGCCCACUGGUUUGCUCUCCCCUCUGUGCUGGGGGGAACCCAGGUUUCCUGACAUCCUAAAGCAAAUACCCAGAAUACAGGAGGGUGGGAAGGCAGGAAGCCUGGCACUCCCCUGGGUCGCUGCCUCCUGGGGUGCAGGGGAUAAUGUGCUUGACUCACUGUUGGUAGCAGGGGCUGGGGCUAAAUGAAGCCCUGUGUGGCUGAAGGGCAGGACCUUGUUGGGCCAUGGUUGGGGCACAGCAGGGUGGGGGGCAAUCUGCACUGAGCCUACACGUUGUGCUGUUGCCUGCUAGGGCUUGCCCACUUGCUGGGAUGGUGGUGGGGCAGCUGUCUGUCUGUCUGAUACCUGUUCUGUCUUACCAGCUGCUACAAAACCCCUCGCCCUGCUCCCCUUUCCCAUCAACCUCAUAGGUCCUUUCCCUAGGCAGCCUGACCUUUGCCCCGCCUAUCUACCCUGCUAUCCCAUGAUGCACUUGGGGAGUGGAGUAUUUUUGCCCCAUCUCCUCCCCAGGUUCACAGGCCCUGGUGAUAUGCAGGUUUCUGCUCUGCAAGCUUCUGGGCUCAUAGGGUGGGGCCUGAUCCAGCCAGGGCAGGGGGGUGCUGGGCAGUGUCCUGUCUCCUGUGCAUUGCCUGUUAACCCUGUGUAUGCUGCAGCCACCCUCGCUGUUAACUCUGUCUUGUCCUUGUUAUGAAGCAAUUUAGACCUAUGCAAUAAAGCAAUAGCAUGA